AAAAAUAUCUCUCAAUAACGAAGAUAAUACCGAAGUAUCAACUCAUAAUGAGGUGUCUGAUCAAUACAAAUCGAAUAAUAAGAAAGUUAAGCAUAAUGAUACACGUGGAGGAAGUGAAAUUAGAAGUUGGAUCUGGCACUAUUUUAAUCCAGAAUAUGAGAACAAUAUAAGAGUUGCGAUUUGUAAAGUUGAAACAGUUAAAGGAACAAAAUGUGGUAAAAAAUACAAGAUUGUUACAUCUAAAAGUAAUUGCACUACUCAUCUUAAUAAUGCUCAUAGCAUAACCGAAGAGCAGACUAAUUUUAAAAAUAAUUCAGUUUCUGUUAAAACACCUCACAAUGAAUCACGACAACUUGAAUUGUCUUUUAAAAAAUUUAUAACAGAAUUGGAUUCUAACUUUCAAAUUCCAAAUGUUAAAUAUAUUAAAAAACUUAUUCAUCGUGCGUAUAAUUAUUCUUUCCCAUUAAUAACUGAAAAGCAUGUAAUCGCUGAUGUAUCAACCCAUUGGAAUUCUAGCUAUUUGGCGUGGUGCAGACUUUUAGAAUUAAAAGGAUAUAUUCGCAUACUUGAAACUAAUUUAGCUAAAGAUAGUAAUCAAGAUAGUAAGAAAGAUUCUCAACAAUUAACUAAAAUAAUGUUAACAAAUGAUGAAUGGGAUUUGCUUUGUAAUCUUAUUCCAGUCUUAGGCCCUUUUGAAGAAGUAACUAGAUAUCUUGGUGGUAGUAACUAUGCUACUUACAGUAUAAUGAGUCCUUUAUUAAUCACAAUUCUUAAGAUGCUAAAACCCGCUUCAUUAACAAAUGAAACAAAUGAAAUAAAUAUUGAAAAAAUUGAAGAUAUUUUUGUAGAAAUCGAUGAACAAGAUAUGAACAAACAAAAAAAAAUGGAUUUAGAUGAACCAAUGCAAACUUCUAAUACAUUAGAAAAAGUGAAAGAAACACUAUAUCGUGCAAUGCUUUUUUAUUGGAAAAGAGAUAUCACUUCAUAUUUACCUUCUAUUCUCGAUCCAUGUGUUAAAAAAAUAGAAUUUGCACCUGAUAAGAUAGAUGAGAUUCAAGAAUUAUUAAAAAAUAAAUAUUAUGAUAUGAAAAAUAAUUCAAAAGUAAACCCAACUACAGCUUCGACAUCUACAACAUCAGCACAAAACUUAUCAAAUAUAUGUUCUUUUCCUAAUUCUACAUUGACUACACUUUACAAACCUAUACUUUUCAAUAUAUUUAAUAAUUUACCAACUGUCAAUUCACAGAGCGAACUUGAUGAAUAUCUUGCG